AUGAUCUCCCCCGUGCAAUCCUCCACCGACUCGAGCCUCAAUCUCGACUCUGCCGGCCGCGAAUUCGACAAAUGGCUUGACUGGAACGGCGCCGCAAACGCGCCUGCAGGCGAUUCCUUUCGGGACGCGACACUUAUCGAAGCCGAGAACGGCCUGUUUCAUCUCCCUAUAUCUCCUUCAUCCACAGCGAACGGAGACAGCCACCUACCACAUAUCAAGAACGAUCUCCUCACCGCCCCUUCCGCCCUCGACAUUCUAACCCCCCGGCAUAGUUCGGCAUCACCACAAUCUCGGUCAAGCUCGGAACUGAGGCUCAGCGGAGAUACGCUUCGAGAUCAGACAGGCUGUUAUGAGCGACCGAUGCUGAAAAGGAAGCUGUCUCCUACCGAUAUUCCUAUUACCUCCCACCGUACAGAUGCGGCGACUCCGGCGGCGAAGAAACGUCCGCACAACGUUAUUGAGAAAAGAUACCGGGCCAAUCUCAACGAGAAGAUUGCGGAGUUAAGGGACAGCGUGCCCAGUCUCCGAACCGGCAAGAAAGCAAAACCCCAAGACGCCUCCAAUGGAGAUUCCGAGGAAGAGGACCUGGAUGGCCUCACUCCCAGUAACAAGCUCAACAAAGCUUCAAUCCUGACCAAAGCUGUGGAAUAUAUUCGCCAUCUCGAGUUCCGCACAAAACGACUCGAGGAGGAAAACAAGUCUUUAAAAGACCGACUGGAAACUCUGGAUAGGGUCAUUGCCCGAGGAGGUCAUGAUGCCCAAAGAGCUGCUGCCUUCACGAGCGACACCAUCAUCGAGGAGUCUCCAACCGUCUCGAGCCCCCAGUCGCCAAGCCUAGGGAGUACAAGAGCUUCAAGCCCGCCCCAAGGGCUUAUCCCGCUCCCCGAAAGUUGGCGGCGAUUACGACAGAAUCAAUCACAAGAACACUAUGGGCACAUCUACGACCGGCCCUCAGAGGGUUCGCGUCUCAAGGGCAAGUGGCCCACGAGGGUUAUGCUCGGCUCGUUGGCCGGUCUUAUGGUCAUGGACGGGUUAACUGAAUCAGACACCGGCACGGAUUCUCGGGAAAAGGGUCUGUUUGGCAUUCCACUCGAGCUCCUGGACGGUUGGGCGUUCUUACGCUCCCCACGGAUCUAUUUGGCCGCCUUCAGUCAAUUCUGCCAGACUGGUGGCAUCCUUCCAUUGGCCAAAGGGUUUAUUGCCCUGACCUUCCUGGCUUUCCUCGUGUUCUCAUACUUGUUCAAUUCGAAGCCUCCGCCGAAACAAGAUGUGGAGGAGGCUGGGACUGGUUCUUCGCAGGCCCCAGCUCCGGCGUCUCCGAUUCAGGUCCGACGGCGGGCGUGGAGCACCAGCAUGCAGGCGUUGCACCUCCCUCACCACAGUUUUUUCCCAGAAUGGCUUGCCAUCACAUCCGAGUGGCUCAAGUACACGUUUGGCUAUCUCUUUGGCGCGCGUGCGUAUGCCUGGCUUACUGGCCGCACUGCCGACGAUGACGUGGCCCGGAUCAAAGCCUGGGAUAUUGCAAUCGAUGCACAAUUGGCCGGCGGAGACGUCGAGGUUAGCAGGAGCAGAGUUCUUCUGACCAUCUUUGGGUCUGGCACAUUACCCAGCACGCCACUGAGACUGAUGCUGAAGGCGCUACACUGCAGGGUGUUGCUGUGGAAUGUGGGCGCACUCGGAACCGUCACUUCCAGCAUCGCUAACCGCGUUGGGAAAUUCUUCGCAAAUCGACAAUGGAGCCGCGCGAAGCAAACACAUGACAGCUUACCCCUGCGUCACUCCGAUCGUCUGCCACCGUAUCUCGCCGAGAUGCUUGACACGCAGUGCGACGAAGUUUUUCUUGAUACGGUGUGCCAGCGGGCUUACAAUUUGAUGUAUGACCGGCCUACCCAGGAGAAUUCCAGGAAUCCACUGUUGGAUGUUGUUGUGGAGGAUCACGCUGUCCGAUCGCCGCUUGACGCGGUUGCCGCCUGGCGGUCUACCUACUCAUUGACGCAGGCCUUAGAGCUAGCCAUGGAGGGUCCGGAAGCCCCUGAGCUGCUGCAAGAACUUUUGUCGAAUGCACUCAAGAUUGCUCCACCGGGGUCAGCAGCUGAAACGCGGGCGUUGGCGGCCAGCUCGGUGUUCAGUAACACUGCCCGAAGUGCCUGUUUUGUUCGAGCAUCGACCGCCAUGCAAGUCUCUUCGCCGAGCACACCAUCAACUGCGGACGUACGCCCUCCAUACUUUAUUGACUCUUCCACGCCAUUGUCUGCCCGGACAGGUAUCAUGAAUUGCCUGCACUGCGCCGAAACCCUCCAAAUGAUGGAUUAUGAGCAUGACCAAGAGAGGGCUGUGGCCUUUUUCUCCUCGAAAAAGCUGGACUACACGGACAACGACCUGCUGACGAGGUCGGCGGUCCAGUAUCUUCUCCGACGGCUGCCGAUGAUUGAUAUGCCAGUAUUGGCUGGCGGAGAAGAGGUUCGAGAUCUACCACAUGAUAUUGUUGCCGGGGCUGACAUGUCGAGUACACACAACAGUCAGGGGAAGAUGUCACGACGACACAGCACCCACAGCAAUGACACUGGCUAUGAAAGCCAGGAAGACACUAUGACUGUGGGACGUCGUGAUGCAAGUUCACGGUUAGUCGAGCGACCCUCAUUGAUGCUGAGGAAGGAGUUCGUGGUAUGA